AUCGGCUCAAAAGAGACACACCCACAUACUCACGUCUUUUCCCAAGUCAUCUGUUGCUAGUCAUCUGUUGAAGCGUGAUUGACUGGGAAAAAAAGGCAACCAAAAUUUCUGGAGCUUGCAGAGUCAUUUAGGCUCGUUUCUUCACCAUUCACUCUUUACAUCUCUAUAAUUUUGACUUUGGUCUUAUGGUGAUUGCCCCAAGACGGUACACCAACUAGGACGCACCAUUGAUUACACGCCUAUUUCUUUUGAUUUUUUGGCCCCUUUUUCUCAAGCAGCAUGUCCAACGCCUUAUUGCUACGUCUAUUCACGUCAGAGUUUUUCAACUCUUGGAUCGCUGUGUCGUACCUAUUUCGAUACCCCGAUAAUGUAGGCAUCCAGCAUUAUCUUUGCAGCGAAUUAGAGAAAUUCCCAGCCUCUGAAAUCGAAUUCUUCUUGCCCCAACUCAUACAUUUGUUGAUCACUCGACCCACCGAAUCGGUAGCCCUGGAAUGCUUUUUGGUGGAAAUGUGCGAAAAAUCAACGCACAUGGCAAUCAUGAGUCUGUGGUACCUGCAAGCGUAUUUAUCGGAUCUAUCGAGCAAUCCAGUCAGUCCUUCGUUCGAUCUUUGCAAACGGCUCCUCAACAAGUGUCAAGCCAUUGUGUUCUCUGACGGCAGUCCCGAGGCGUCGGGAAUCAUUGAUCCUGUGGCGGCGGCCAAUGUGGGGUUACCGGCACAAAAAGUACGUGAAAAUGCCAUGCCGGCUCUUGUCGGCAUUGGAGCUAUGCUGGCCGGGAUUGGACAACCGAUCAUGACCAAGCCAGCAGGACGCAUCGCGAUAGCGCAAGGUCGACGCAAUCGUCCUUUGAGUAUCACUUCUUCCAAUGACCCUAUUCUUGCUCGACGGAAUACGUUACCUGGAGCGACACCCGCAGAGGAUCGUGAUAUUCGGCCGAUCGUGCAUUUGGAAUCGUCUGGAAAAGAUUCGUAUUAUUCCGACUCCCAUUCCAUAGGAUCCUUGUCACCGACCCAGUCUUCAUUUCCAUCCCACUUUGACGUCCCUUUACCUUUUCAAUCGGCGUCUCAACCAGAAUUGCCCAUCAUCAAACGACGUUCUUCGCAAUUCAUGACGUUCAACAGUUCACCUUCGCUGGAAGAUUUACAUCGCGGAAAAGCGUUUUCCGUAGGACGAUACCUGAAAAACGCCCAUCAAAAAUUGAACCAGAAAAUGCGACCUACCGCGCGGUUGCCUAGCAAAGCAUUAUCUGUUUUUGAUCCGAAAUUAACAGCGUUGGGCCAAUCGUCUGUGCCUACGAAUUUCGCUCCUUUAUCGCCGGCCAUGUCGCACUGUUCCACGUCGUCAGAAGAUUAUAUCCUGGACGCGCGACGCCACGGAGCACGAAUAUCCACGUCUUUCGAUUCCAACGACAGCGGCUUAAAAUCUGACGUCCAAGACGCGGAUUCAGAUCUGUCCGAUGAGGAUUAUUCGGCGCUCUCGAAAUUAAGCGUCGACCACCGAAAACUGUUGCUUCGAUCCAAUUAUUUUCGUUCCGAAAUGCAGUUUCUUUUGGCCCUGGUGGAUAUUGCUACGCGGCUUGUGAUUGUGCCCAAGGCGGCAAGAAUGAGCGCACUUCACGCCGAACUCACCUUGCUGAACCAUAAUCUGCCGGCCGAAAUAUGUAUUCCUUUAUGGUGUCCUGCUACCGCCGAAAAACCGUACCAUCAUCGUGUAGUGCGUAUCAGCCCGUCAGAUGCCGUGGUGUUAAAUUCAGCUGAAAGAGCUCCCUACCUUUUGAUGAUUGAAGUGUUGGAUGAUGAAUUGAGCUUUGAAGAUGAUUACUCGUCCGCCCUGUACCGCAUGCGACGAAUGAUGAAACGCGAAAAGAAAAAGAGCAGCAGCAAACCCGCUUCGGCACGUACAUCUCUCACACUACCUUUGGGCAUCACUGCGCAUUCGUCUCCACUUGCAGAACAAUCCCCCUCAGAAGAAUCCUCUAGUGAAGACAAGCAAGCAGCACAAGAAACGGAUGCAGCGCCUGUGUCCGAUGAGACUGAGGCAACCUCUCCCGGUUUGUUGGAAGUAACAAAGACGAGCGGAGACGCGGUGGAGCAACGUCGGGUCUCACGAUCGGCUGAUGAAUACGCGGAACGCAUGAGAACUGCGGCGGUGAUGUUGGCCCAGUUACAGCAGAGUUGUACCAAUGCAUCGACCAUCAGCUCGGCUAAAUCAAAACAAGAAACGGAACAGAUUCGUCAACGGAUUAUCAAGGAGAUGAUUGCGCUGGAGGAACAACGCAUGACCAAGAUGAAAACGGAGGGUGUCAGUAGCGGUGUCGGUGGAGGAGGAGGCGAAGGAGCUGGAGGCGACCUGAUUGAAGAUGAACAACACGUAGCAUGGGUCGUCAACAAGGAAGAUCCCAGCGCGGCCGUGUUUUCCGAGGAUUGGGAAACAAAGAAAGCCAGAAUUCGUGCAUCCUCACCAUAUGGCCAUCUCCCGAACUGGCGUUUAUUAUCAGUGAUUGUGAAAAACGGAGCCGAUCUGCGGCAAGAGCAGUUUGCUAUUCAGCUGAUACGUGAAAUGCAGCGGAUAUGGGAAGAUACGGGAGUGGAUGUAUGGGUGAAAUAUUUCCGUGUUCUGGUGACUUCGGAUAAUUCAGGGUUGAUUGAAACGCUGCGAAACACCAUCUCGAUCCAUUCGAUCAAGAAGGAUGCUUACACUCGGCAUUGGAAUCAAAAAGGCAUCGUGUUCACUUUACGGGAUUAUUUUGAAAGGACGUAUGGCAAUCCAGAAUCGGACGAAUUUUUGAAAGCGCAGGAUGCAUUUAUGAGAAGUCUGGCGGGAUAUUCUAUUGCUUGUUACAUAUUACAGAUCAAGGACCGGCAUAACGGUAACUUGUUAGUCGACAAUAUGGGUCACCUUAUCCACAUUGAUUUUGGAUUUAUGCUGUCGAAUUCGCCGGGAUCGGUUGGGUUUGAAAUGGCUGCGUUCAAGUUGCCUCAGGAAUACAUUGACCUUUUGGGAGGCAUCUAUGGCGAAAAAUUUGCAGAGUAUAAAGCGCUGAUGAAGGCGGCGUUUCUGGCGGUAAGGAAACACAGCGAAAACAUCCUACUACUGGUGGAAAUGAUGUGCCGCGACUCCAAGUUGCCAUGUUUCCAAAAUGGCGAUCAAACCGUCCAACAACUACGUGAUCGAUUCCAACUCCACUUAACCGAACCGCAAGCGGAAGAAUUUGUAGACAAACUGAUCAUGAGCAGCUGUUGCAAUGUAUUUACUCGACUUUACGAUACUUAUCAAUAUUAUUCACAGGGAAUCCUGUAAACACCAAUUCCAUCAUGCUUAUAUCAUCCUAUAACUCAAUACCAUUAGAUAAACCUUCUCUUUUAAUGUGUUACAAGUCGCAACCCAUUUAUCAUUGUCGACUUGAGUAAAUAAAUUAUAAAAAAAGAC